AUGCAAGUUCUCCAAGCUCUUUCGCUUUCAAUCCUGCUUGGUGUGGCGCACGCUGGACCUGCCGUUCAACGUCGCGAGAGCGCCAGGAAAACCUGCUUGGGCGAAGCCCUAGCACGCGCAAAGCCGCUCGCCGAUGCUGAAAGCUACUAUGUGACGAUCUGCUUCAUCGGUCGCAGCACAAUCGACCUCAACGAUAGCUCGAUGGAAAGAUGGGAGCCUUGGUACAAGCACCUGUCUACAGUGACAUGUGAGGGAGCUAAGGCUGAUUGCUUUGCCCUUGGCUCGAAUAAUAUUUGGAUCGGAUCGGCUCCUCCUGGCCCCGAUAACAUUACUAUCGCCUACAACGUUCCCGGCAAGUGCACCUACAGCUACGUUGUCUGGCAUGAGGUGGCCUGUAAGUUGCUCGCUCCAACUUCACUGUGUUCCUCCCAAUGUGUUAUCGCGCUGCUGUGCGUUUUGAGGACUCAUGUCGAUCGCGGUUUCCAAAGCAGGCAGCCGAUCCGAGAUAGAGUCGCGAGUUUGUUGCUUGCGUCUGUGGGAGGCGGUCCCAGCUCAGCGUCACAUAGCGGUGAUGUUGAGAACCGAUCGGAUCGCGGUUACGCCGGAGAGAUCCGAGAGCUUGGGGAGAAUCCCUUGGGACAGAAGGUAGGAAGCGAAGAGCACAACCGACACAUGGACAACGAAGCCAUGUGA